AUGCUCUUUGAUCUAUCAUACCAACUCGCAUACUACAAAGCCUACCAUUUGCACCAGAAGAAUGUGGCAAUCCACCUCUGUUGUAUUCCACUGAUUCUUGCGUCUGCAAUGACAAUGCUAUAUGCCACAGGUAAACCAUGGAUUCUAUAUUCUCUGGCCACAGUCUAUUCCGGAUACUACAUCAUUCUACAUAGGAAAGUCGGGGCAAUGGCAUCUGCAUUUCUAGUAGCCAUAAUUAUAUUGAUUCAAAAACUCAAUACCUUGUUCCCCCCAACGGUUAUUUUCCGUUCUGCAUUGACAAUCCAUAUUUUAUCCUGGGCUGCACAAUUUUACGGCCAUUUCCAUUUCGAGAAGAGAUCUCCAGCAGUGUUGGAUAAUCUCGUCCAACCUCUUGUUCUUGCACCUUAUUUUGUCCUCUUUGAGCUUCUAUUUAAUGCCGGUUAUGAGAGAAAGUUGCAUGAUAGAAUGCUCGCCCAAGCAGUGCAAUUGAGAAGGGACAAACAAUGA